CCGGCUGCCGGGAAGUUGCCAGCACACGAGUGGCGCGAGGCGAGGCUUCCACGUGCGAGCCUGCUCUGCCACCCCGCCCUCUCCGAGCUCUGAGCCUGAGGACUCUCUCUCCAGGGACGAUACCUGCCUCCUGCAGAGGCACUAGCUGUGGCCAGGACGUCCACGCGCAGCCGCCUGCCUCUGGAUCUCGCUUCAGCACUUGCUGUCCGACGUGCAGAAGUGCCGAUCGCUGCGCGACCAUGGAAAGACUAGGGCGAUCAAGCCUGUGGCUGCGCCAGGAGCUGUCGUCCCCGCGCCCGCAGAUUCUGCUGCUGGACUGCCGCAGCCAGGAGCUGUAUGAAUCGGCGCGCGUCUGCGGGGCGCUGAAUGUGUCCCUGCCCUCGCUGAUGCUGCGCCGCCUGCGGAGAGGGAGUCUGUCGGUGCGGUCGCUCUUGCCUGGGCCACCGCUGCAGCCUCCUCCCCCUGCUCCUGUGCUCCUGUACGACCAGGGUAGUGGCCUGUGCCUGCCUGGAGAUGCCGGGGCCGAUGUUUGUGCUGGGGCCGAGGCCCGAGUCGGGGCCGAGGUCGGGGCCGAGGUCGGGGCCGGAGCUGAGGUCGGGGCCGGAGCUGAGGUCGGGGCCGAAGCCGGGGCCGAAGCCGGGACUGAAGCCGGGGCCGAAGCCGAAGCCGAGACCGAAGAAUGGGAUGCUGACUCGGUGCUGGGCAUCAUGCUCCAGAAGCUACGGGAAGAAGGCUACCUGGCCUACUAUCUACAGGGUGGCUUCAGCAAAUUCCAGGCCGAGUGUCCUCACCUGUGUGAAACCGGCUUCAGUGGUCUAGCUGGUCCAAGUGUGGCCAGAGGGCCUAACCCAGUGCCUGUGGUGGGGCUGGGCGGUCUGUGCUUGAGCUCUGAUUUCUCUGAUGCCGAAUCGGAGGCUGACCGCGAAUCUGGGAGCUGUGGCACCACAUCCCCUCCAUCUGGGCAGCUACCACCUGUCCCAGUCCAGAUCCUACCCAAUCUCUACCUAGGCAGUGCCCAAGAUUCAGCUAACUUGGACUGCCUGGGCAAGCUUAACAUCUGCUAUAUCCUCAAUGUCACCCCUAAUCUCCCUAACCUCUUUGAGAAGAAUGGUGACUUCCACUACAAGCAGAUCCCCAUCUCUGACCACUGGAGCCAGAAUCUGUCCCAGUUCUUUCCAGAGGCCAUUGAAUUUAUUGACGAGGCCUUGUCUCAGAACUGUGGAGUGCUCGUCCACUGCCUGGCGGGGGUCAGCCGCUCUGUCACCGUCACCGUGGCCUACCUCAUGCAGAAGCUUCACAUCUCACUUAAUGAUGCCUACGACUUGGUCAAGCGGAAGAAGUCUAACAUCUCACCCAACUUCAACUUCAUGAGGCAGCUGCUAGACUUUGAGAGAAGUCUGCACCUAGAAGAGAAUCGUUCUGAGGAGCAGGGCAGUGGGGGAACAGAGUCCACUGUCUCAGACCCACUUUCUUACUUUACUACCCCUACCAGCACCAGUGAUGGGGUCUUUGAGCUAGACCUCACAUAAAGCCCUAUGAGGCUGCUGGGCUGGUCCCUACCUGUGACCCCUUGUAUUAGCAGGGAUGGGAUGCAACCAUAAGCAGGGGGAGGGGGGAAGGGAAAGCUCAAUACCUCAUGAGGGGGUGGUGGAGCCAGGCAGGAAUAGAGCAGAAACCUGCCCUACCCACUUGGGGCCAGCCCCAGAUUCUAUUACAUGUGCCUAUGGGUGGGCCCAUGGCUAUGGGCCUAACCCGCACUGCUUUAAGGUGGACCACGCUCCAAAACCUGCCUCUUCUUCGACUGUUACUCAAUUCUUUCAGGGUGAGAGUGGGGCUUCUUAUCCAAGAGACUAUUGCAGAUUACUGUCUGCUGCCUGGACCCUGGCCCUUCUUGCUGUUUCCUCUUCAGGAAGAUCAUGUCACACUUUGCCAUAGGGACCUGCUCUCAGUUCCUUCCCUGUCCCCAAAUGUCCACCUGUGGGAAAAGGCCUCACUACUCUCACUGGUGUCAUCUCCUUACUGCUGUUCUGACUAGGGCUUAAACUUCAUGGAGCUUUGAGAUGUGGACCCAGAAACACAAUGGCUGCUCUUGGCAUCCACAAGGGGCAGCCUCUUGGGGUUGCUUUUCGCUGGGUAGUGUCACAUGGGAAGGCAUGGACCUGGGAGCUAAUGGGCAGAAUCCUAGCCACACAUCUGGUGCCCUGACUGUUUCUUUCCUCCUCCCCCAGAUGUCUUGACAGGAUCACUGAGACUCUUUGUGACUGAGGGUGGUCAAACUGCCACCAGAGGAGAUGGGGUCUCAGAGUGAGAGCUGAGGGAGAAGGAGAGAAGGAUGAAGGCCUCAAUUUUGCUGCUGUGUGUCUCACACAGCCACUGUUGGUUUGGGGGGCAGGGAAGGGGCCAAGCUGCAGACACACACAUGGUCAUUUAUUGCAGUCCACACCCCUUUGUAGACAGUGUGUGUGUGUGUUCACACAUGCACACUAGCACACUCACAUACUCAGCCUGGGACUGGCAGUACCUGUGGCAGCAGGACCAUCUUGUCUUUGAACCUGGAAAGGAUUGUGCUUAUUUGUUUUUGUAAUUCACAUCAUAAUCACCUUCUUUAAUUGUUCCUCCUGAAUAAAUGGUUUAUAUAAGA